AAUGCCGGAUAAUCAAAAUGCGUGCUGAGGUGAAUCGUUGUCCGGUGUUUACUAUCGAAGGUAGUAAAGUGCCAGCAAACGGAUCGGUUGCAGAUCCAGAAUCCAAAAGCCAUACCUUCGAUGAAGUGCUUGAUAUCAUAGGAUUCGGUCGUACCACGUGGCACAUAUUUAUAGCUUCUUCUGUAAUCAUGAUGGCCGUGUUGAAUGAAACUAUGGGCAUUUCAAUCGUAAUCCCCGCUGCACAGUGCGAUCUUCAGUUAUCGGCAACGGAUAAAGGACUACUGACGGGCGUAAGUUUUGCAGGCAUUAUCGUUUCGUCACACUUCUGGGGUUAUAUCGCUGAUACGAAAGGUCGACGAAGGACGCUCAUCGUGUCCCUGUUGCUGACUGCCAUCUGUGCCCUGGUGUCCGGUUUAUCUGUCAACUAUACAAUGAUGGUGGUUAUGCGUUUCCUGGUGGGAGUAUUCAUUUCUGCACCAUCGGCUACCAUCUUCGCUUACCUGGGAGAAUUUUUCAAAACUGCUAGCCGCACCUUAGUGAUAACGUAUGCGAGCGUAGCGGUAGGACUAUCGGCCAUUUUUACAGCAACCACUGGAUGGUAUGUGCUAUCAUUCGUCUGGUCUCUAGAGAUACCUGGAACGGAACUCGUUCUUAAGCCUUGGCGUGUUUUGUUUUUUGUGUACACCUUGCCCACGCUGAUAGGAGCACUGUGGCUUAUGAUACUUCCGGAGAGUCCCAAGUUUUACCUUUCCCGGGGUCGCGAAUCGGAAGCUUUUACUGUUUUGCUGCGGCUGUACAUGGAAAAUCACCCGCACGCAACCGUGGAAGAUUUCCCCGUCAGGCACAUAACACCCGAAGCGGGACAAAAGGAUCGCAGUGCAACACCGAAAGGGUCCGGCGGAUUGUGGCACGUGGCUAACAGUGUCUGGAACCAGACUGUUCCACUGUUCCAGCGGCCGAACCUGACCAACUUUACCAUUUGCUGUGUGGUACAGUUUGGGCUGUUUGUAGUUUCCGCAGGCAUGGGACUAUGGUUUCCGGACAUUAUCAACCGACUUACUGCUUCGAAUGUCUUGGAUGCUACUGUUUGCGAAGCACUGGACGUAUCGAUGCAGGUGGACUUUUCCGAUGAGCUGAUGGAGGACAUCCAACUCGUCGAUGGAGUUGAAUGCAUUGACACUAUCAAUGAACGUGUUUUUAUCUACGCUAUCGCGCUCGGCGGAUUGUACACGGUGCUGUAUCUCGCUAUGUCCGUGCUGAUGCGCAUGUUGGGUCGCAAGUGCUUGGUGGCAUUCAAUCUGUUCUUCUCCGGCUUUUCCGGUCUCGCGCUGCAGUUUGUGGACCAUCCGUACAUCACGAUGGCACUGUUUUGCUCGUUCUUAGUAUUUGCUGGUACAUCGAUUUCCAUUCUCAACGGAGCUACCGUGUCCUUCUUUCCGACGAAUGUUCGUGCAAUGGCCGUUUGCUUAAGCCUAAUGAUGGGGCGCUUAGGAAGCGUUUUCGGUAGCAAUCUAGUAGGACUCAUCAUGGAGGAUAACUGUACACUUACGUUUAAUCUCUUCGCUACUGGAUCAAUUAUUUGUGCUGUUCUUACACUCAUGUUACCGAGUUAG